UGCAAUUCUAUACCGUCUUUAGAACGUUGCCAGAAUGUCGCCGUUGGAACAUUUUUUGAAUUUAAUUUUAGUUAUUUUUAUCGCUAUUGGGUGUUCUGCAGACAAGCCAAGCGACCCAUUAUGGCCAAACACAUUUAUGCAAACGUUUAAAGAAACUUUUUAUUAUCCUGUCAUUGGUACACACAAUACGAAAGGUGUUUACUAUUACGACUACGCUAAUUUACGAUAUCGCAUUGAUCGUGAAAAUGGACGUUAUGAUAGAUACUGCGGAUUUAAUGGAAACAAAGCAUUUAAAGACACUCCAUGCACUCAACUCGUACUUGAAGGACAGAGAUGGCUGAUAUAUCCAGAUUUGAAAGAAUGUUGUCAGUGCUGCGAUGCUCAACACGGAUGCGGAGUAUUAAAACCAACAUGGUUACAAAAUGCAACAUAUCUUGGCAUUGUAGACGGAAACUUUAAAUGGAACCAAAAAGGAUUGCAAGAUAACUUUUACCUUGAAACAGCUGGUCGUGUGAUGCUCCAAAUCAAUCAGGUACCAAAUGACAUUCAAGAUUUUGAUCCAAGUUCGUUCACGACAACUAUUGAAAACGCAGAUGAAGUAUUUAAGCUUCCAGCUUAUUGUGAGCCAGUAAAAUGCUCGUUGUUUUCAACAUGUAGAGCUGUUGGUAAAUAAUAAACAAGAAGAAAGCUUCUAUUUAUUUUAUAAAUUACUCUGUAUUUAUUCGAUACAAAAUAAUUUCCUUACAUUUCUAAA